GCCAUCACUUCCUGUUACAGCCGCGUGUAUUAGAGUUUGGAGGAUUUGAUUCGAUGGUCCGAUCAAGUGAUGCUCGAAGGCAUCAAUGUGGAAGACAAAGAAGUGGUGAAUACAGUUAAGGGAGUCAUCAAGGCAGUUCUGGAUGGCGUUAAGGAGCUGGUGAAGCUGACAAUUGAGAAGCAGGAACACCCAUCUCCCACCAGCCCAGUCAAGCCCACCUUACCUGUGCCUGCAACAGACAGCCAGUUGGAGCUCCCCUUGACGGAUCGCGAGAUGGAGAUCCUCAACAAGACGGCCGGGUUGACACCCACCGCAGAAGUGUUGGCAGACGCCACAGACGAAGAGGUCGCCCCGCCGAAACCGCCCCUUCCUUGCAUCCGGGUGGCUGAAAACAGCCCUCCGCCAGCCUUGCCCCCUAAAAAACGCCAGUCAGCCCCUCCCCUACGCGAGUGGCUAUCGUGGCCCCCAUUAGCCGAACAACCAGUGGUUCCAGUUUACCCAUUGGGAUCAACAAACAGGAAUUUGAAAAUGAUUGCUCCCCCAGCGGAGACUCCCGGGGGGGCAGCCAGUCCUACGGAGGGGAAUCUCCCCGCCUCUCGCCCUACAGCAGCAUGGGGAAGCUGAGCAAAUCGGACGAACAGCUGUCCUCGCUGGAUUGCGACAGCGGGCAGUGCUCGCAC